UAACAAACAUAAAUGCUAUGCAGCUGUGUUACAAAUAGUAAUAUGUGAAAGUUCCCAGUGAACGUUUUAUUUCUUUAUCAGUUUAAUCAGGUUUUUUGGCAUCGAAAAUACUCGAAAUGUGCAAAGGGGGUGGGAAAGUAGGGCAGAUUUACUUUAGAAAGCAGUGCAGGUUAUAUUAUUGUUUAUACAAUUGAAGUUAGAUGUAAAUGAAUCUGCACGUGCAAACUUCAUAACUGCUAUUGUGAGGUCAUGAUACACAAGAUGAAAUAACAUAACAUUAAACGUCAUAAGGAAGUGUAAUAAUUAAUUUUUUUCCUGAAAUGCGUUCAAUACAGUAAUUUAAUUACGAUAACUGAAUAAAUACCUAUUCCAAGCAACCAGUGAGUGAUAACUGCUAGUUUUUGUUUUUGUGUGUUAUGAUUGUUUAUACAAUCAACAGUUUUUAUGAUUGGUUUUGCUAUUAAGGUAGUAGAGCAUGACAAAUUGAUUAAAAAUAAAAACAAAACGAAGAAUAUUUCUUUUAUUUUUAAUGUAAUUCAAACCUAACAUGAGGGAAAUCAUGCUUGAAGUUAUUGUGUGUAUCAAACCGGACUCCUUUUUACUAUUAUUGUGUUGAUUCAGAAAUGGAAUUACAUGUGCAUUUUGAAGUGCUUUGACCAUCUAACAUAAUGUCCAACAAAAAUAAAAAGGAAAUAGGUGAUAAUAAUCUAGAAAAGAGAUGGGACCGAUUUUCAAAUUGGAUUCACUGCAUAUGUGUCAUUACAUUUGAUUUAGAACUGGGACAAGCACUUGAGGGAAUAUAUCCAAAGCAUGCAUACCUUACAAAGCAGGAAAUAUCUAAUAUCUGUUACUUGGCAUUCCCUGACUCAAACUCUGGUUGUAUGGGUGACACUAACUUUGUAAUUCGUUUGCCAAAGAGCCCUGGAAAAUCAGAAUUAAAAAGGGAGCAUGUUGUGUAUAAUUCAAAUUGUCCACCAGCUUUUCAGAUUAACCCAAAAUACUAUUGGGGAUAUGUUUACUUUAGACAAGUUAAAGACAUAUCAUUACCCCGUGGUUACUUCCAAAAGAGUGUUGUUAUUUUGUCAAAACUACCAUUUAACAAUUUGUUUAGUAAGAUAGUGUCAGUUAUUGCCCCUAAAUACUUUGAAAAUGGAGAGCCCAUAUUAGAAGCAGUCCUUUGCAACAUAGAUUUAUGGUCUGAUCCUCUACCAGGAUCCACAGUUUCUCUACCACUAUUGGGAACUGUUAUACAGACAAGCAUUCCUCACCAAAAAUAUUCUCAUAGCAGGUCAAUUACUUCCAAAGAGGAAACUGAUAAGUUAGACUAUCAUAUACAUAUGGCUGCAGAAGAUUUAAAUUUAUUUGAAGCAUUACAGCCAGUCUUGUCUCAUAUACAUUUGCUUUGGGAACUGGUUCUUACUUCAGAACCAUUAGUGAUCUUGGCUUCUUCCCCUAUAUACUGCUCUACCAUGGUCUUAGCAUUAAUAAGAAUGAUUCAACCCCUAAAAUAUUGUGCAGAUUAUAGACCCUACUUCACAAUUCAUGAUGGUGAAUUUAAACAAUUUGCUAGCAAAACCCAAAAUCCUCCCCCUGUUAUUUUAGGGGUGACAAACCCAUUUUUUGCCAAGUCGUUGUACCAUUGGCCGCAUUCAAUAAAAUUGGGAGAACACACUGGUGAAAGUUACAAAUAUAAAUUGAAGAAAAGUCCUAAUCCAAAAAUGUUGGACAAUACUCCAGGACUGUAUACGGCUUAUAAACCGUUUUUGCAAAAAGACAAAAGUGUGAUAAAAAAAUUACUCUUAGGUGUAAGCUCAAAAAGGCCUUGUGAAGUCCAGUCUGCAUUGUUAAAAAGGCAUCUGCUAGAAUUAACACAAAGUUUUAUUAUUCCUCUGGAACGAUACAUAGCAAGUCUGAUGCCUUUAAAAAGAGAUAUAUCACCUUUUAAGGCUGCACCGUUGCCCCUUCCUUUUAAUCCUGACGAUUUUUUUGCAACUUUAGAGUCGACAGGUCCUCAAUUAACCUCCGGAAUAAAAGGGGACUGGGUGGGGCUGUACAAAAAAUUUUUUCGUUCUCCAAAUUUUAAUGGCUGGUUUAAUAUGAGGUACACCGAAUUAGCGUUAAAACUGCAGGCUUUACAAUUGCAAGCCCUAUCUGAUGCGAAUUUAAAACUUUGGGUUCAAGGUAAACCAGAAGUUGAAGUUGUCGAUAUGGUUUUAAAAAUAAAAAGUAAAUUAGAAAAAUGCAAGGAACAUGAUAUACCAAUAAAUAGUACAAUUAAGAGGAGACUUCGCGAAAGAAUGCAAGACAUAAUAAAUGCUUUACCAGAAGAUUUGAAAAACAUAUUGAGCAUGUCGUGACAUAGAUACACAUUGUAUUUUAGGAUUUUUUGCUCAGGGUACAGCAGAAGUUGAAUCUGAAAUAAAUAAUAAUUGUGGUUUUUAAUGUGAUUUGCAAAUUGAAAUUGUUAUUUACAUGUUGUGCCAAACGCCUGAGUCCAUCCUGAAUUUUUACACUAUUUUUCAUCGAUAAUCAUUUAUAUACCUACUUAUUACGUAUGUUUUUUAUUUUUGUUUAUAGGUCUACAGUGUAAAUAUUUUUUUACUAUUUUUUUUCUUAUUAUUUUAAAUCCAAUUACUGAUAAGCCUCAAGUCAGCAAUAUUUUAAAAUUGAUUGUACUUUAAAACAAU